UGACAAGAGGAAGGCUGUCAGUCACUGAUGGGUGGGUUCCCUCAAAUGGAAAGUAUGAGUCCCACCCACACCACUUAAGUUAGUUAAAUACAGUCAAUACUGCGACUGGUCGUUACAGAAAUACGUUUUCCAGGAAGAGACUUUGCAAGCAGAAUAAAAGCCAUGAGCUACCCUGGAUACCCCCCUCAGGGAGGCGGAUACCCACCACAGCCUGGGGCUUACCCUCCACAACCUGGUGCUUACCCUCCCCAGGCAGGAGGCUACCCGCCACAGCCAAGCGGCUACCCUCCUCAACCUGGUGGCUAUCCUCCUCAGGCUGGCGGCUAUCCUCCUCAGGCCGGUGGUUAUCCUCCACAGGCCGGUGGCUAUCCUCCACAGGCAGGAGGCUAUCCUCCACAGGCAGGAGGCUACCCACCACAGGGUGGAGGCUACCCACAGGCACCACCACAAGGCAGCUGGGGAGGUGGCCCUACUGGUGGAUAUCCUUCCAUUGGUCUUGACAGCUUAUCCAACCCUGGAUACAACGCUGGCAUGGCCAGUCAGAUCUCUGCAGUCAUGGCGGGUUUUACCUCAAACCCACCCAUGUAUGCUCAAGCCCCUGGGGGGUACCCACCUGCCCCCCAGCCAGGUGGGUAUGGUGCCUUCCCUAACCAACAGUCAUAUGGCCUGUACCCACAGCCAGGACAACCCCAAGGCCCAGGGAUGGGCUACCCCGGUCAGCCUGGCCAGCCUGGCCAGCCAAUGCCUGGAUACCCCCGUGCACCAUCACCCAAUCCACCCAUGGCUGGUUAUGGAGGAGCACCAGCACCCAACCAACCCAUGGCUGGUUAUGGAGGAGCACCAGCACCCAGCCAACCCAUGGCUGGUUAUGGAGGAGGAGGAGGAGUCAUGCCAGUGGCUCCACCUGUCAAUAGAGGAUUCAGGGGAACAAUCAGAGACUUUCCUGGAGCUGACCCACUCAAGGAUGUGGAGGUCCUGAGGAAGGCCAUGAAGGGCUUUGGAACUGAUGAGCAAGCCAUCAUCGACUUACUGGGGAGUCGCUCUAACAGUCAGCGUGUGCCUUUGCUCCGGACCUACAAAACCGCAUAUGGAAAGGAUCUGAUUAAGGAUCUGCAUUCAGAACUGUCUGGAGACUUUAGGAAGCUGGUCAUGACCACUUUGAAGUCCCCAGCUGAGCUUGAUGCCUAUGAGCUCAACAGUGCCAUAAAGGGAGCCGGAACUGAUGAAGCUUGUCUGAUAGAGAUCCUGUCUUCCCGCUCCAACGCUGAAAUCAAGGAGAUAAACCGGAUUUACAAACAAGAAUACAAGAAGUCACUGGAGGAUGCCAUUAGUGGGGAUACCUCAGGCCACUUCCGCAGGCUCCUGAUCUCUCUCGCCCAGGGUAAUCGUGACGAACGAGAAGCUGUUGACAUCUCUCUGGCUAAACAAGAUGCUCAGUCCCUAUAUGCUGCCGGAGAAAACAAGCUGGGAACAGAUGAGUCCAAAUUUAAUGCCAUUUUGUGUGCCAGGAGCAAACCCCAUCUCAGAGCAGUGUUUCUUCAGUACCAACAGAUGUGCGGCAGAGAUAUCGAGAAGAGCAUCGGCAGGGAGAUGUCCGGAGACCUUGAGAGCGGCAUGUUGGCAGUGGUGAAGUGUAUUAAGAACACACCCGCCUACUUUGCUGAGAGACUUUACAAGGCCAUGAAGGGAGCUGGGACCAAAGAUAAAACCCUGAUCCGGAUCAUGGUCUCCCGUUCUGAGGUUGACAUGCUGGAUAUUCGCCAGGAGUAUGUCAAAAACUAUGGCAAGUCGCUGUACACAGACAUCUCUGGAGACACAUCAGGAGACUACAAGAAGCUCCUACUGAAGUUCUGUGGGGGUAGUGACUGAAAAGGAAACAGAGUCUACUAUAUUAUAGAAACAUUUUCUAUAAAAAUAAGUUUUCUGCCAUAUCUAUAUGCACUAUACACAAACCUGCAUGCCAUGCCAUUGCUCUCAAUACAAUGUUUACUUAGUUUUAAGAUGAUAUUGCUACAUAUUGUUUCUUUUCUACAUGCACUAUGCACAAAAGUUUUAUAUUUUUCACUUGUCAUAUCUUUGCUGGAGUUAAAUAUAAAGGCCAUACAAUCGAUUUGCAAAAUAUUACACUUGAAUUUUUAGAGCUGUAUAUUUUAUUUUACUUCAAUUGUGCCAAAAUGAACGUUUUUUUAGCUAAUUUCCUGAUGUUCAGCAAUGUUGAAUAUAGUACGGGACACGGGACAUAGAAUACAUUGCAGCUAAGUACCAAAGUUGUCAGUUAAUGUUUGCCAUUGUAUAAUCUCUUCUAUAGUUUGUCUACCCUUAAGUACUUUUUCUUUAUUGUAGUUGUCCUCUGUCUGCUGCAGAUGCAUUUGUGUAUCGUAUACCUGUCAUGUAAAAGCAUGUAAAACUCAAACAUCACAUUUCAUAAAUUGUUGGUGGAUUUUA